AUGCGACGUCGCACAGGCAGCGGCUGCGGCGAUGUGCGCCUUCGCCAGCAGCGGCGCAAAUCCGCCUCCCCCUUUCCCUCCGCCGCGGACUGCGGUGGUCUAUCUGGCUUUCACCCACAGGACGCGGCGGCGGAAACGGCGGAGAGAAUGGCGGAAGCGGCGGAAGGCGACGAGAUGGCCCAGACCCGGGGUCAGUUUCGUACCGCGGCUGGUUCUGCGGCAACAGGCGCUUCGAUUGACGGCGAGGAGUUUUUUUGGGCUCGCGUGACGGUCACUCCGCUAGAUGCGGCGAUUACUUUCUCAAAAGCAGAAAAUCAGCUGGGUUUUGAGAAUUCGCACAAAUUUGUCGGAAAGACGAUUAGUGAGUGCCGCGCAGGUUUGCGCGCGGAUCGGCCGGGGGAAGCGGACGCGGAGAAUGCGACGGGGCGUUGGGGGGGCGGGGCGGCGAUUUAUGGAGAAAGCGCGGCGGACGGAACCGAUGCUCGGCGCGCUUUUGACCCGUCGGCGGCAGUUGCGCGCGUGGCUAACCGCGGUAAUAGCGGCGCCGACGGAAUUAAUGCGCGGGAGGCUGUCAGCGGAAGCGGCGCGGGCGGAAUCGUUGCGCGGGAGGGUAUCCCCCAGCAGAGCAGCGCGGAGGGGAGUGUUUUGCGCGCUAGUGCCCGCUGCGGGAGCAGCGCGGCGGAAGCAGGAGGCGGCGAGGCGGAGGGGCUCGGCGCGGAACAGCUUGGCGCGGAGGGCCUUGACGCAGAGCGGAAGUGGAAGAAGCGGAGGCAUCAUGCGGCGUCGGAAGGCGCUAUGGCGGAGCAGCCCCUCUAUGAAAGGCACUCAGGGGAUCAUUCAAGCAGUGAGGGUGAUUUAAGUGGCCGAGAAGGAAACGCCGUAGUGGCGGCAUGUGACGAUGAAGCGUGUGGGGAUAGUGAUGGUGCUUGUGACGUCAGUGGUGGUGGCGGUGAUGGCAAUAUUGGUGGUUUAGUUUUAGGUGGUGUUGGUAAUGGUUCGGCCGCUGCUGCUGUCGAUGGCAAUGCUAACGAGGGUGGUGCGGGGGGCUAUGAUGGUGGUGGUGGUGGCGAUGGGGGCGCCAGUAUAGCGGAGCAGCUACUAGCGAGGAUGGAGGAGGUGGCGAGGCUAAGGCUGAGUGAGGAGAACGUGCGAUACCGAGCUGUCUUUGAGCUCUCUAUGGUACCAAUCAACUCCAUUUACUAUCUCCAGAACCCAGAUUCAUCGUUCGACUGCAACGAGGCGGCAGUCACCAUCCUGGGUUGCUUUCUCUCUUCCCCCUCCCCUCACUCUCUGUCCAUACACCCCCCUCCCCUCACUCUCUGUCCAUACACCCCCCUCCCCUCACUCUCUGUCCAUACACCCCCCUCCCCUCACUCUCUGUCCAUACACCCCCCUCCCCUCACUCUCUGUCCAUACACCCCCCUCCCCUCACUCUCUGUCCAUACACCCCCCUCCCCUCACUCUCUGUCCAUACACCCCCCUCCCCUCACUCUCUGUCCAUACACCCCCCUCCCCUCACUCUCUGUCCAUACACCCCCCUCCCCUCACUCUCUGUCCAUACACCCCCCUCCCCUCACUCUCUGUCCAUACACCCCCCUCCCCUCACUCUCUGUCCAUACACCCCCCUCCCCUCACUCUCUGUCCAUACACCCCCCUCCCCUCACUCUCUGUCCAUACACCCCCCUCCCCUCACUCUCUGUCCAUACACCCCCCUCCCCUCACUCUCUGUCCAUACACCCCCCUCCCCUCACUCUCUGUCCAUACACCCCCCUCCCCUCACUCUCUGUCCAUACACCCCCCUCCCCUCACUCUCUGUCCAUACACCCCCCUCCCCUCACUCUCUGUCCAUACACCCCCCUCCCCUCACUCUCUGUCCAUACACCCCCCUCCCCUCACUCUCUGUCCAUACACCCCCCUCCCCUCACUCUCUGUCCAUACACCCCCCUCCCCUCACUCUCUGUCCAUACACCCCCCUCCCCUCACUCUCUGUCCAUACACCCCCCUCCCCUCACUCUCUGUCCAUACACCCCCCUCCCCUCACUCUCUGUCCAUACACCCCCCUCCCCUCACUCUCUGUCCAUACACCCCCCUCCCCUCACUCUCUGUCCAUACACCCCCCUCCCCUCACUCUCUGUCCAUACACCCCCCUCCCCUCACUCUCUGUCCAUACACCCCCCUCCCCUCACUCUCUGUCCAUACACCCCCCUCCCCUCACUCUCUGUCCAUACACCCCCCUCCCCUCACUCUCUGUCCAUACACCCCCCUCCCCUCACUCUCUGUCCAUACACCCCCCUCCCCUCACUCUCUGUCCAUACACCCCCCUCCCCUCACUCUCUGUCCAUACACCUCUCCUGGCACAUAGUGGCAGCGGGGCGGGACUGUGUGAUUGUGGUGUGGCAUGAUAUGAGGGAGGCGAAGCGGAGGGAGGAGGAGCUGCGGCAUGCUAAAGAAGCAGCAGAGGCGGCCAGCCGCGCCAAGACGCAGUUCCUGGCCAACAUGAGCCACGAGCUGCGCACUCCCAUGAAUGGCGUAUUAGGCGUGGUGGAGCUGCUGCUAAGCUCAGGCAUGAGCAGCGAGCAGCGGGCGCUGCUGCACGUGGUGCGGGCAUCGGGGGAGAGCCUCGUGCGAAUCCUCUCAGACCUCCUCGAUAUCACCCGCAUCGAGUCCAGCUCGCUCGCGCUCUCCCUCGCGCCCUUCUGCCUGCACUCAGCUGUUGACAGCACCCUCGCGCUCAUGAGAGUUGUUGCUCUCAAGAAAGGGCUGCAGCUGUCAGUGACCAUCGAUCCAUCCACGCCACAGGAGGUGGUGGGCGAUGCAAUGCGGUUCCGCCAGGUGCUGCUCAACCUGCUCUCAAACGCCAUUAAAUUCACCGAUAGGCACCCCGGCGCCCCUCAUCACUCUCUUCCGCUUUGCUUCCCUUCCCUCCUCUCCUGCGACCGUUCCCCUUCCCUUGUUCCACUGAAAGAGCCUACUGCAGCACCGCUCGCGCAACACUCUCAUGCUGCCCUCACCCCCUGUGUGUAUCCCUCCCCUUUACAGAGGCUCUGUGGCAUGGCAGUGCAUGUGACCGGGUUGAACAAACCUUCCCUUAUCGCCUGCCCUUUCCUCUCUCUCUGUGCAUUCCUCCCCUCCCAUUCCAGAGGCUCUGUUGCAGACACAGGCAUAGGCAUGGCACCGCACAUUAUACCAGAGGGGCAGGAGAGGCAGCAAGGGCAGGAUGGGCAGCAGGGGGGACAGGAGGGACAGGACGAUGGGUCAGUGGAGUGGGUGCAGGUGAGGGUGCAGGACACAGGCAUAGGCAUGGCGGCCCACACCAUGCCCCACAUCUUCCAUCCCUUCACUCAGGCCGACUCCUCCUCCUCGCGCCGCUUCGGAGGCACGGGACUGGGCCUUGCCAUUUGUCACUCGCUCAUUGGCCUCAUGGGUGGGCGGAUCGAAGUGGAGAGUCAACUUGGGGCCGGGACUACUUUCACCGUCUGCGUCCCGUUUGGCCAGUGGAAAUCAGAGGACAACCGGGUGAACCAGCUGGUGGUGACGCACGGUGAAGAUGCAUGGAGGGAUGAAGCACAGGAACAGGGGAGGAAGCAGGGGCUGAGGCAUGGCGCAGACGAGGGAGAAGGGGCGAAGUCACUGUUUGAGGGAAUGAGGUGCCUGGUGGCAGAGGACAACCGGGUGAACCAGCUGGUGGUGACGCACGGUGAAGAUGCAUGGAGGGAUGAAGCACAGGAACAGGGGAGGAAGCAGGGGCAGAGGCAUGGCGCAGAUGAGGGAGAAGGGACCAAGUCACCGUUUGAGGGAAUGAGGUGCCUGGUAGCAGAGGACAACAGGGUGAACCAGCUGGUGGUGACGCGCAUGCUGCACAGCCUGGGCGUGGCUUGUGACGUGGCUAUCAAUGGCCGGGAGGCUGUUGAUAAGUGCGCACAGAGGGACUAUGACCUCGUGCUUAUGGACUGCCAUAUGCCUGAGAUGGAUGGGUUUGAGGCAACACGCCUCAUUCUACAACAUUAUACUGAUCAGAAUAAGGUUCCAUACUUCAAUAGUAAUGGCACCAGCAGCGGCUUUGAUUCCAGUAUAGCGGCCCCUGCUUCGGCUGCUGCAGCAGCUUCGCAAGGCAAACUAACAGAGAUGACCAGCAAGGCUGACAGGGACAUCGAGUCCCAAGAAUGUACAUACCGUCGGAAGCAGCGUAUACGCCGGCCUCGCAUCAUUGCUCUAACCGCCAGCGCUUUGGCAUCGGAUAGGGAGCGGUGCAUGGAGGUGGGGAUGGAUAGCUUCAUCACCAAGCCUCUAAAGCCUUCGGAGUUGCAACGAGAGCCGGUUUUCACUGUGCGACUUUCGCAUUCCAUUACCGUUCCCGCCGCCGCAUUCCGCGCGGCCAGCAAUCCGAAGAGCCACCGCGCAGUCAUCGUCAUCGCAAGCGCAGAUCCGUCUAACGAUCUACCGAUCUCCACCGCUCUGAACCCGAACAUUGCUACAUUGUCCGGUUUGGACGGCAGAUCCAGGUCUUCCGACGGCAAACCGUCAAGGCCGUCAGUAGCCACCAGCGCGGCCGCUUCAUCUGCCGGUUACGUGACGCAGCUCGGCGGCGGGGGAGCGGAGGAGGCGUUAUCUAAGGCGGGUGUGACUCUACCGGAGGACAUGCUGGCUCAUGUGAAGGAGCACGGCAUUGCGGAGCUGCUGCUGCAGCGAUACAUCGACCUGCAGGUGCGCGGAGGCAUUCUCGCCGCCGCCACUCGCGCGUUCUCCGGGUUGCGCGAUAGGCUGCUGGCGGAUCCCGCCUUCCUCUUUAAAGUGUUCACAGAGAUUGUAAUCGACUCUGGCUGUGCCACAUUUGCUGAAGUGCGGAAGCGAGGAGACGAUUUCUGGAAGGAGUUUGAUCUCUACAUGUCAGAUAUCCUCGUGGGAUUCGCAGUAGACGCUGCUCUCGUCAGCAUGCUCGCGCCCAUGGCUAGGUUCGGCAGCAGCGCCGCAGCUUCGGCAGCCCGAGGCAGGCGGCCAGGCUUGGUGCCGCCGGGCCUGGCUGCAGCUCUGGAGGCGCUUCCCAGCAGCAUGUUUGAGGCGGCGCUGCCUGGGAGGAGAUACAGUGUGGCGCAGAGGGGUGCAACGUGGUUGGUGAAGGGCGCGCAGUAUGCUGUGGUGGGGUUCAGCUGCGGUCUGAUUGGUCAGGCGAUGACAACGGCUAUUGUGCUAAUCAAGAGGAAUUUGAGGAAGCCAGGGGAGCACGAGGAGGAGGUCAAGAUCCCGGGCAUGAUUCCCACCGCCUUACUCUGGGGUGGAUUCAUGGCAGUGUCAUCCAACACGCGUUAUCAAAUCAUCAACGGCUUGGAGCGAGUAGUCGAGUCGUCACCCUUAGCCCGCAGCAUGCCUCUUGGAGCCCGCGUCUUCACCGUUCUCAUCCGCUUCAGCAACAACAUCUUUGGCAGCAGCCAGUUUGUCGAGGUGGCUCGUUGGAGCGGCGUGCAAUAA